GCUCUCGCUCUCUCUGAGUUGGGUCUCGGUUUCAACCAAUGGCCGAAUCGCGGACUCGAUGGCAUUUAGUGCAUGGAGAGGACGGGCAUAAUGCCGAACUGGUUGCGAUCCAUUCUGCCCGAGCGAGGAUGUUCCUCCCUAGUGGCUGCUGACUGAUUCCCUGCUGUGCUAUGCUGACUGACCGGCGAGCGAGCGAGCGAGCGAGGCUGUCGCUGUUGUGCAAGCGGUUUAGCAUUCGAUGGAAGGACAGCAGAUUGAUGGUCGUAAACCCGUCAGGGAGAACAUAAUGGAUGACUGAAAGAGCGGGGUUUACGUGAGCUUCUGCUUCGGUUCUUCCGGACUUUGAUGACAGUCGCAUAAAUGGAAUGAACGCUUCGCUAUGAGUACAUUCCAAUUAUCAACCGCUGCAUGGGCCUACUUGCAGCCGGAGCGCGCGGAUAAAGGACGGCCUCGUGCCCAAGUGCGCUCGUUGUCGCUGGUGUGCGAUCGAGUCUGGCACAAGUCAAGUCGGUCACUUCGCAUCAUGCACUCGCUCUAUUUUGGAGCAGCUGAGCAGCUCACUUCUGUGAUGUUACGGGUUCAGUUUUCUCGCCUCCACGCAUCGUCGAUCGACAGUACUUAUACUUGAGACAUCCGAGCAGGAAGAACUGAGCGGUCGAUCUGCCUUCUGCAUGCCUGUGACGGAGGAGGAGGAGGAGGAGGCGGAGGACCUGAAAAGAUGAGGCGAUAUAUUAUACCCCAGAUGCUGGUUGCAGCACUCGUAAUGGCAUUGAGCUGCUUGCAGUGUUCAGUGAGAGCUGCUACUGCGUCAAGGCCCGGCGGCAUUUGUGAGAUUUUCGUGCUGCCUCGAGGAUAUGCAUGCGAUGAGCGUCAGGUCCAGACAGACGAUGGAUUCCUACUGGGGGUACAGAGAGUGUCCACCAAAGCUCAAAGUGGAACUACCUCGAGAAAGCCAGUCUUCUUAUAUCACGGAAUGCUCUCGGGAGGAGAGUCGUGGCUUUUGAACGAGAGGGACAAUUCCCUCCCCUUGGUUCUAGCAGAUGCCGGUUAUGACGUUUGGAUUGGAAACACGAGAACGACAGAUUUCAGCUAUGGACACACCACAGCGUCGAGAGGCGAUCAGGAAUUUUGGGACUGGAGCACGGAUGAUCUCGUCGCCCACGACUUGCCCAUCAUGCUCCAACUGGUGUACGCCGGCACCAAUCAAACGGCUCACUUCGUUGGCUUCUCGCAGGGCACUCAAGUGGCUGUGGGGGGGUUCGUCGAAGGGCACGUGCUUCCCUAUGUGGAUAGAGUAGUGCUUCUGGCGCCCGUCGUACGCGUCGACACGAUUAAAUCGGCGAUGGGAAUAGCCGCGGGGCUGUUUCUAGUAGAUCAGAUGAUGCUUUUGGCCCGUAUUUGGGAGUUCAAUGCUCACCUACAAUCGGGGGAGAAGCUACUUAACACCAUUUGCGGGUACCCGAACGCCCAUUGCUACGACGACUACAUCUCCACUUUCACUGGCGCAAAUUGCUGUCUGAACGAGACCAGGAGAGGCUACUACGAAGAGUACGAGACGCAGUCCACGGCGACGAAGAACCUCGCCCAUUUCGCGCAGCAGUAUCGAACGAACUCGUUCGCCAAGUAUGACUACGGAUGGUGGAACAAUCUCUUCAGGUACCACUCGCUGUCUCCUCCCGAAUACGAUCUGCGGAGAAUUCCCGCCAUGCCCAUGCUCCUGGUGUACGGAGGCACGGACGGCCUGGCCGACGCCGACGACGUGCAGCUCUUUCUGAAGAGCAUCACUUUCAGUCCGCAAGAGCUCUUCCUUCCCGAUUACGGCCACCUGGACUUGCUGGUAGGCACUCGGUCCAACGUGGACAUCUACCCAACUGUGCUCGAUUUUCUCGCAAAGCCCGACGUGUGACUGGACGAAUACAGACCGUGGCUGCUCAAAGCAGCGCCAGUUGGCCGGCUGACGUGGAUUAGUUCAUCGCUGUAAAUUUUAGAACAAGGAUGUAACGAGAGGUUAUUGACCAGGUAUAGCACACUGUAAUUUUUAAUCGAGAAAUAGACUACAGAGAGUGUUCGGUCUUUAGCCACAGUACUGCGCUGCAGGUCACUGCUUGUUUUCGAAAGCGCGUCGUGGACAUAAACUACGUGACUGCUGUCAGUGGACACUAUUUCCUCCUCCCCAAAUCUCUGUAACUAAGAGUCGCGCUCCUGCAUCUGGCAGGUUCUAAUUUCGUAAACGAGCUACAAUCUAGGAGAUGACGACUCUGGUGCCUGUCGUAUAUACCAAUUGUACAGAAGUCUCGUCGAAAUCGAGUUUGAAGAGCAUUUGAAGCUUGGUUCAAACCAUGAUGAGAAAACUUGAUACUACAUAGUAGUGAAACAUAUAUCUUUUAAUAAAAUGCUACGAAUCCACUGA